AUGGACGAGAAGGACACCAAGAUGGUCGAGGAGACCUCGUCGCCGCAGCACACUCUGCAAACCGAAAAAGCCGACAAGAUCCAGGUCGCACCUACACCGGACUACUCCGCACCCAAGGCAAAGACAGAACAACUCGAGGAUGCGAGAGGAUGGGAAUCCGAGAACCUGAUCCAGGAUCUUGAGAAGGAGUUGGAGCAGGCCAACUACAAGAAGGGCUUCUUCGACAUCGAGUUCAAGAACCCAAAGCAUUUCACAUGGAUGAUUGUCGCGUUCGCAUCCAUGGGUGGUCUGCUAUCUGGCCUGGAUCAGUCGCUCAUCUCUGGUGCUAACCUCACACUGCCCGACGACCUUCAUCUUACUGCCCAGCAAAACUCGCUCGUCAAUUCUGGUAUGCCGCUCGGAGCCGUCGCUGGUGCCUUCCUCAUCUCGCCAUGCAACGAAUACUUUGGUCGCCGCUGGGCCAUCAUCAUCUCGUGUAUUCUCUACACCAUCGGCGGUGCGCUCGAAGCCGGAUCCAUGAACUACGGCAUGAUCGUCGCCGCCCGUGUCAUCCUCGGUGCUGGUGUCGGUCUCGAAGGUGGUACCGUACCCGUCUACGUCGCUGAGACUGUCGAGAGCAGACUCCGUGGUAACCUCGUCUCCCUCUACCAGUUCAACAUCGCCCUCGGAGAAGUUCUUGGCUACGCCGUCGCCGCUAUGUUCAUUACUGUGCCUGGUAACUGGCGUUACAUCCUCGGAAGCUCCCUCGUCUUCUCCACUAUCAUGGGUGUCGGUAUCCUCUUCAUGCCCGAAUCUCCCCGUUACCUUAUGCACAAGGGCAAGCCUCUGGAGGCCUUUAAGGUCUGGAAGCGCAUUCGCGGCACUGCUACUCAUGAGGCACGCGAGGAGUUCUUCGUCAUGAAGGUCAGCACUGAGAUGGAAGAGGCUGAGGUCGCUGCCGGACGCACCAACCGCUUCCCAUGGAUGGACUUCUUCACAAAGCCGCGUGCUCGCCGCGCCAUCAUCUACGCCAACAUCAUGAUCUUCCUCGGCCAGUUCACCGGUAUCAAUGCCAUCAUGUACUACAUGUCCGUCCUGAUGCACCAAGUCGGCUUCGACACCGUAACCGCCAACUACAUGUCUCUUGUCGGAGGCGGUUCCCUCCUCCUCGGUACCAUCCCCGCCAUUUUCCUCAUGGAGACCUGCGGUCGUCGCUUCUGGGCCAUUGCCAUGUUGCCUGGUUUCCUGGUCGGUCUCGUCCUUGUCGGUAUCUCAUACCACAUGGAUUCUCUGAGCGCUACUCUCGGCACCUACUUCACCGGUCUCAUUCUCUACGAGCUGUUCUUCGGUUCCUACGCCGCAUUGACCUGGGUCAUUCCCUCCGAGGUCUACCCCACCUACCUCCGUUCCUACGGUAUGACCACCUCCACCGGAUGGCUCUUCCUGUCCUCCUUCAUCGUCACCUACAACUUCACCGGCAUGCAGAACACCUUCACCAAGACUGGUCUUGCGCUGGGUUUCUACGGCGGCAUCGCCGUGCUGGGCUGGUUCUACCAGAUCUUCUUCAUGCCUGAGACGAAGGAUCUCACGCUUGAGGAGAUUGACCAGUUGUUCCAGAAGCCUACACGCCAGCUUGUUGCUGAGAAUGCGAAGAGCUCGUGGCAGGUUACAAAGGACUUGUGCCACUUUAGGUUCAAGAAGGUCUUCAUUGAUAACAACAGGAGGCGCGGACGCGAGGAGUAG